UCAGGCUGUCUAGUCACAGAGGAAGGCUGUGCUUCUCUGGUCUCAGCUCUGAAGUCAAACCCCUCCCACCUGAGAGAGCUGGACCUGAGCUACAAUCACCCAGGAGACUCAGGAGUCAGACUGCUCUCUGCUGGACUGGAGGAUCCACACUGCAGACUGGAGAAACUCAAUGUGGAACAUGGUGGAGAGAACAGAAUGAAACCUGGGCUUAGAAAAUAUGUCUGUGAUCUCACACUGGACCCAAACACAGUAAACAGACACCUCUCUCUGUCUGAGGAGAACAGAAAGGUGACACGUAGGAGAGAGAAGCAGACAUAUCCUGAUCACCCAGAGAGAUUUGAGUACUGGGAACAGGUGUUGUUUAGAGAGGGUCUGACUGGACGCUGUUACUGGGAGGUAGAGUGGAGUGGGAAAGGGGCGAGAAUAGGAGUGGCAUAUAAAGGAAUCAGCAGGAGAGAAGGGGGUAAGGACUGUCUUAUUGGAUACAAUGACAAGUUCUGGAGCCUGACCUGGUAUGACAACAGUUACACUGCCUGGCACAAUAAGAAAUCCACUACCAUAGACGUCCCCUCCUCCAGCUCCCACAGAGUAGGAGUGUAUCUGGACUGGCCAGCCGGCACUCUGUCCUUCUAUAGAGCCUCCACUGACACACUGACCCACCUGUACACAUUCACCUCCAUAUUCACUGAGCCCCUCUAUCCAGCGUUUAGGGUUUGGGAUGAUGACUCCUCCUCAGUGUCCCUGUGUCAGGUGGUUCCUGUGUCAAACACAACAUGAUGUUUCACUCUGGUCAGCGGUUUUAUGUUUGAUCAGAAUAUGACACUUAAAUACAUGGAGUAACAAACACCAAUUUGUGCCAGUUUAUUCCUUUAAAUAGUAACUCUGUCUGUCUCUUUCUGUGAUCCUGAGAGAAUGGUUCAGACACACACACACACACACACACACACACACACACACACACACACACACACACACACACACACAUGAAACAUUUUAAUUGUAUGUGUCCACAUAACUGAGUAUGUGACUGACCUUGUGAAACUGUGUGAAACUGUCCUAUUAUAUUGUCCUGUUCUUGGGAGUAAAAUCCUGUGUUGUCAACCAGCUGUCCAACUACCUCACAAAAUAACUUUAACCCGACAAAAAAAAAAAGAAAAACAGAUUCAUCUAUAGACACGGAUGAUUUUCUUACCGUUGAAGUAGAGGCUGGCGCUCUGGCUGGAAUCGAUGCAACACUGGAAAAGUUGUGUGAGGAGGUAGCAGGGCUUGGAGGAGUUUGGAGUUUAGCCAGAGGGAAAUUCUCAUGCUCCAAGGAGAGAACAAGGCAGUCACAGCCAAGGUAAAAAUCCACAAUUCCAACAUGAAUUGUCUACUCAGAGAAAAUAGGGUGAUGAAGGAGUCGCUGCUAGAUAUACAAAGACAUAGCAUGCGUGAAAAUCUAUUUUUUCUGGGGUUGCUGAGGACGCAUCCAAUAAUCCAGUGGGCGCGAUCAGAGAAUUCAUGCAAUCCGCUUUGAAACUCCCUAUAGAAACU